UAAGCAAUACUGCUAACCAGCUGGUAGCUUGAGACCUUUAAAAAAGCUUAAGGUAGGAAAAGCUGGAGAGCAAUUGGACUACAGUUCUGAUCAUACGAGACGAAAACAAUUUAAUUGAUUGUCAUAGUCUCCUUUCGGGAGACUUCAUAAAGCUGGUUAACCACAAUGCCUCUGAACAAUGAACGCCCGACCUCCACUUCUACCAGGAAAAGUGAGGAUCAGAGCAGUGACACGGAGUCAUCCGACCGGUGUGACAGCGUGACCUCCAGUGACUUCGAGUGCUCUCGUCAGAGUUUCACCAGCGACUCCUCCAGCAAGCCCAGCUCCCCCUCCACAAGCCCUCCAAAAACUAUAACACUUGAUGAGGUCAUGACCUCUGCCCGGGACCUGUCAAACUUGAGUUUGGCUCAUGAGAUCAUCAUGAACCCAAACUUUAAGGUAGCGCAACCAGACCUACCGCAGAACAGUUUAGAGAAAAGGGUGAAGGACAUUGUGCACAAGGCAUUCUGGGAUCGGUUGGCGUCAGAAUUGAAUGAUGACCCUCCGGAGUAUGAACAUGCCCUUAAACUUCUGGAGGAGAUCAGAGAGAUCCUGUUCUCGUUCCUGAAUCCCGGAGCCAACCGCCUCCGGACCCAGAUCUCUGAGGUUUUGGACUUGGACCUGAUCCGUCAGCAGGCUGACAACGACGCUGUAGACAUCCAGGGGAUUGCCGAAUACAUCAUCACCGUCAUGGGCAAGCUGUGUGCCCCUGUCAGGGAUCAAGAGGUCCAAAUGCUGAAGAACUCUUCUGCUAACAUUGUAUCAAUGUUUAAGGAGAUUUUCCGAGUCCUGGACCUGAUGAAGAUGGACAUGGUGAAUUUCACUCUUCAGACCUUCAGGCCAGAGUUACAGAGACAGUCUGUGGAGUACGAAAGAGCCAAGUUCCAAAGCAUCGUGGAGAAGGUUCCCACUGCACUGGACCACACCAAAGACUGGAUCAAAGUGUGUCUGGAGGAGCUCCUGCUCUCCGUUCCUUUCAGCGCUGACAAGAACAUCCGAGCCCUGCCCAGCCCCGUGCUGGUGCUCAACAGGGCCUACAUUAAGCUCCUCUCCUGGGACUACCAGGAGCACCCCCUCCCUGAGACUCUGAUGACCGAUGAGCUGCGCCUAAGGGAGCUACAGAGGGGUCUGCAGCUGCUCCAGACGGUGGCGGCCAUCUUGUUGAUGGUGCACAGUGCGGUGGGCGGCCCCCUCUCUGGUCUUCCUGCGCUGACCGAGCGGCUGAAGAAGAUGAGCAGCGUGCUGCUGGAGGGCAUGCACAGCCAGAGCUUCAACCUGCCAGAAGCUCUUGAGGGUGUAAGCGGUCAGAUCUGCUCUGAGCUGAACAAGUCCCUUACGGAGCGGAACUACCCCCCCCUUCCUCCUGAGCUGCAGGCCACCCUGAGGGGACAGAUCUGCAGCGUCACCCAGGAGGACAACCCUGUCCGCAGCCUGAUCGAGGAGAGAGUUCAGCUCUAUUUCCGGAGCUUUCUGGCCAUGCCCAGUUCCCAUUUGACUGCACCCCCUACACCUGGCGGCCUGGCUCUGAUCCAGCCAGAGCUGGCCUCCCUGGCGGCCAGCUUCGUCAGCAUGGUCAACUUCAACAAGCAGGUGUACACCCCCUUCUACAUGGGCAUCCUGAAGAGUCUGCUCUUCAGCGACUCUCCCCAGAGCCCAACCAAGGAGGCACCUGCUGCCCAGGUCAACUCCCAGUAAAUAACCGAUGGAAAUCGCCGGGUGUGAGUCAGUGUGCUGUAAUACGACUGCAGUGCAUUCGGGUUGUUGCGUAAAAACAUGUCCGACUUGGUGCUCUAAAGAAAAGAAACAGGGAGUCAUAAAGAACCUUGUAGCUGUGCUAUGUUGGCCUCUAACAACGACAGUUAUGUAGAUUUGUUUAACAUGUUUAUUAAAUAAAAUCAUUUGAAUACUGCACCCAUGACUUGCAUAAUGAAUCAUCUAUUUUUGUGCAAUUGGCAGUUUGAUUGCGUCAUGUCAAAAUGGUUUCAAUGGCAGUUUUCAAUCUCCUGUUGUUUUGGAGAACAUUAACUGAAAACAUAAAUGCAUAUUCACAAAUUACUAUGAUUGCUUGGAUAUAUAUUAAUAUUUCCUAAAGGGAAAAGCUAUAUUUAUAGGCAUGUACUCCAUUUUAUAAAACAAGAUUUUUAGAUUGAUUCUAUGUUUGUUAUAGUAUAAAGAGUCAUUAUUGUUACAUACUGGUGUGUGCAAUUAAAAAAAAAAAAAGUUCUCAUUUACUUAUGUGUUGUGUGCCACUUAUAAUACCAACAUUAUAACUAUUUGCUUGUAUUGUCCUGAGUUUUUCCAUACAGUGAGCACCAUAAUUAAUUGGACAGUUGUUAUUUUGGUUCUGUACUCUAGCAUUUGAUUUAGAAAGGAUACAAUGACAAUGAGGUUGAAGUGCUGCCAAGUAACCAUUAGGUAAUUUGAUCUACAGCUUUAAUUUGUAUUUUAUAUGCAUAUCAUCCAAACUCAAAGUGCUAGAGUACCGAAAAAUGUGUCAUUGUCCAAUGAAUUAUGGUGCUCAGCUCACUGUAUAUUGUUAAAAAAUCUCAUCCUCUGUGCUUUGAAACAACUUGCUGACUGAGAUACAAUCCUUGUGAAGGACUGGUCUGUAAAGUUGAUAUGGGAAUUGAGAAAUUAGCCAGGUUUGGUUUGCAUUGGGAAUUUUUACAAAAGGUUUAUUAUUGAUUCAAGGUGGUUGUGAUCUAAUCAUCUAACGGCCAGUGAGAAGUUUAAUUAUUGAGGGAAAUGGAACGUAAUAAGAAUGGAAUUAUUUCAGUGAGUUUUCCAUUAAGAAUAUUUAAGUGUCAUGGGACAAAUGUUUAAAUGUGCAGUGGAACUGCUCUGUUCAUUUAUUGUUUUAUUCCGGUUUGUGUUGCAAAAUAUGUAGUGUCCAAUUUAAUGUUGAUGUUUUAUAGGUGUAACAUUCUUUUAGUUUAUCAUGCACAAAGUAACCUAUACUUUCAAACGUUUUCUAAAGCUGUAUUGUACUAACCAAUAUUGGACAGAAACGUUCACAUUUGAUUUUCAAGCUGUCUUCACGACAAAUGAUAGCUUACAUUAAAAAUGUCUGCGAUUUUCUUGUAAUGUAGCAAUGUUGUGAUUGUUGAAAUAAACUUGAAGCAUCCCA